CUGGGAAUCGGAGGCCCUACUGGAGAACGACCGCCCUUUUUGGAGCAACGAGAGUAGAGGAGCUCUACGUGCGUCGGGACACAUAAUACCAUAAAACUACUUUCUAAAGCAACGUGGCUGGACAAGAGGCAAGGAUCAUGGCGGAUGAGGUGGAGGGGGAGAUGGAGCGUGGAAGCAUGUUCCCGUCGCACUACAAAGUCAUGCUGGACAAACUGAAUGAACAGAGACAACUUGACCAGUUCACAGACAUUACCCUGAUUGUUGAUGGGCACCAAUUCCGAGCACAUAAAGCAGUCCUUGCAGCUUGUAGUCAGUUUUUUCACAAAUUCUUCCAGGAUUUCACCCAGGAGCCUCUUGUGGAGAUAGAGGGUGUGAGUAACUCCGCCUUCCGCCAGCUGAUGGAGUUCACCUACACGGCCACGCUAGCCAUCAGUGACGAGGAGGAGGCCAAUGAUGUCUGGAAGGCAGCAGAGUACCUGCAGAUGCAAGAGGCUCUCAAGGCGCUCAACAACAAGGGGACAGAGAGUCCCUCGCAAGAUAUCCCAGAGAAGAGGGGAGUCAAGAGGAAAAUCAGCGAGACGUCCAACGUAAUCACGGAGACGCUGCCCUUGGUAGAAGGGGAACAGGUGGAGAUCGAGGUGAUCGAGGGAGGCAUUGAGCUGGAGGAGUCGGGACUGGAGGAGGUGGUGGACGCGGCCAAGAGCGCCGCCCAGCCCACCUCGGACGACUCGGCCCUGGUUCUGCUCGCCGACAUCACCAGCAAGUACCAGCAGGGGACGCAAGCGAUGCAUGUGAUCAAGAAGGACCAAGAGGUGUCGUACCAGGAGGAGACGGUGACGGCCUCCAAGGUGCUGGAGAACGUGGAGAUGGUGGAAGUGCAGAUCUCCCAGGUGGACAAUAUGUUCCGCUGUCACAAGUGCGAGCGCAGCUUCAAGCUCUACUACCACCUCAAGCAGCACAUGAAGACGCACGCCGGGCCCCUUGACAAGCCGCACGUGUGUGCCUACUGCGGCAAGGCCUACACGCGGGAGGGCGCGCUCAAGCUGCACGUCACCACCUUCCACUUCGAGGCGGAGGAGCUGUCGCGCAGCCAGCGUCCGCAGAAGCGGGUGCACGUGUGCGAGUACUGCGACAAGAACUUUGACCACUUUGGCCACUUCAAGGAGCACCUGCGCAAGCACACGGGCGAGAAGCCCUACGAGUGUCCCGACUGUCACGAGCGCUUCGCCAGAAACAGCACCCUCAAGUGCCACAUGUCCGCGUGUCAGAAUGGAGCGGGCGCCAAGAAGGGACGCAAGAAGCUGUAUGAAUGCCAGGUGUGCAGCAGUGUGUUCAACAGCUGGGACCAGUUCAAGGACCACCUGGUGAGCCACACCGGGGACAAACCCAACUACUGCACCCUGUGUGACCAGUGGUUCACACACCCCAAGGAGCUCACGGCCCACCUCAGGGAGGUGCACGACACGCUGGAGGACCAGGUGGUCGCCUCCCCCGUGGUCCCCACGACAACGGAGGAGGAAGAGGAGGAGGAGGAAGAAAUGAUGGAGGAGGAGGAGGAGGAGGAGGGGGAGCAGAUGGUGGUCGGCCUGGAGGGCGGCGAGACGCUGCUGCUGGACGACGGCAUCCAGGUGGAGGCGGUGACGGUGGAGCCCCCCGACAUCAUGAGCAUGGGGGAGGAGGAGGAGUCCUCAAACACCAUCACCACCACCACCACCACCACCGCCAUGGUGAUGGAGGACGGGGGUCUGAGGGAGAUGUGCGAGGAGGACGUGGAGAGACUGCAGGCGGCCGGCGUUCACAUCCAGGUGGUGCACCUGACCAGCGCCGAACUGGAGCAGCAGACUGUGGUCAACUCUGAGGUUGAGGUGACGCUGGAACAGGAGGUGGUGGAGGAGGAGGUGGAGGUAAAGGGGGCGCACACGGAGCAGGUGUGAGAGACCGUGGAGGAGACGGGAGUGCGUUGGCGUCGGGGCAGGCGAACAAACCAAGCAGCAUGUCAAAGGCCUGUUCUGAACAGGGGCACGCUGUGGCCCAAUCAUCCUUCAUCUAUCGCAGAGCACUCAUGGCCAAGAACUCUCUGGAGAGAACGGCAGUAUUGCUGGUUGUGAUGCUUUAUUUAUAUUUCCACCUGGUGUUCAACACGAUCAAUGUUAUGAAAAAGAAUCACUUUACAUUAUCUUUUUUAAGAGGUGCCAUGGCCUUGCUCUACGUCGUUGCUCCGCAUGUGUAAAUAUCUGUCGGAUACAUUUUCGGGCCAGUGUUUUUUUGACAGCGCUCAACGUUACGUACUGUGAACUCAAAUGCCAACGGGUAUGUGGUGCUCAUGUCUUAAAGCCAUCUUCAUAUUUUUUGUUUUGGUUACCAUAUAACACAUUGGUCCAUUAAAAGAACGAUAACCAAUGGAAUGGAAAUAGAACUGAUAAGGAAGUCAUUGAAAUGGGCUACAGAGUAUAUUUUUCUUAAAUAUUUACUCACUUUGUAUAGACGAAGAAUUUGGUUUGGAUGAAUAGGGACGUCAAUGUAUGAUUCUUUAAGUUAUACAUGCCUAAAGUACAACUGCUUUUUGUACCGUUCAAGCAAAUACGUCUUCCUUUGUACAUAUUGAAUAUCCAAAUGAAUGUUUUACUUUGAAACCAGACGUUUGAAAACGUUUGAUUGAAUUUGAACAUUGUUUGAGAUGCUGAGCUUGUUUUUGUAGAAAAAAUAAAAAUGUAAGGAAAAACAAAAUCA